UCCAAGCUAUAAGGGUUAUUAUGUAAAAUUUUCAUUCUUGUUCCCUUUGUAAUUUGUUACUUUGUAAUUAAUUCAUACUCCUAAUAUGCAAUUACUAUAUGGAACUUUUUUUAUUGAAGUAAAACAAUCCUCCCUAGAAAAAUUAAAUAAUAUCUAAUAGAGGAAAUUAAAGAUUUUAGCUUUCCCAAAAAAGAUUUUUUUAAUCCUUUGGUUUAGGAAAAUAUCUAUCCAUUAAAAGAAAGAAUAAAUUUAGUAAUUUGCAUUAAAAUUGGAAAUUAUGGCAUUAAUAUAGGAAGUGAUUUCUACCCUGAAUCCUCCUAUUUAAAAUGUGAGAUCAAAGUUAUUCUAACUUUCCAAGAACAAAAGGUUCUAAAGGAAGUUCACACAAAGUUACAAUCUGAUACUGACUUUGAGAUUUCAGAAUUUACAGGGUUCAAUAUUUAUAAAUGGAGAAUCGAAAUAUCACAAAAUGGAAGGAUAUAAUGAAAAUCAUAUUUUUUAUCCAGUUGAUGUUUGCAGGAGAUUGUAGUGGCAGAAAUCCGAUGGGAGGGGGAAGUAUACCAAAUAUGCCGCCGGACUCUGGUACUGAUAGUGCUGCUCCUGUACUGGUCAAUGUUACUGCUAAUCAGAUUGUGUUGGACAAUGGCAUAAUUCAAGUGACUUUCUCCAUUCCAGAAGGUUUCAUUAUUGGAAUACGAUUCGGUGGCAUAGACAAUGUACUAGAUGUCACUAAUCGCCUAUCUGAUAGAGGGUACUGGGACAUAGCAUCAGUCAGUAAUCCAGACAAUGAUGAUACAAAUGAAAUUGGGCUUGGAGGGAGAAGUUAUAAAAUCAUAAGCCAAACUCCAGAUCAAGCAGAGAUUUCAUUUUUCUGUCAAAGAACUUCAUCACUUCCGCUACAAGUUGAAAUCAGAUAUGUAUUGCUGCGUGGACGGUCAGGAUUCUACUCUUAUGCCAUUUUUGAACGUGCAGAAGGUUUGCCACCUUUGGAUGUGGAUCAGAUCAGGACUGUUUUUAAGCUUCAAACUACAUUGUUUACUUAUAUGGCAAUUUCAGAUAAAAUACAAAGAAUUAUGCCAACCUUGCGUGAUCGAGAGACUGGUCAGCGAUUGGCCUAUAAAGAAGCUGUUCGAAUAACAAAACCCACUAAUUCUAAGAUUAAAGGACAGGUUGAUGACAAGUACCAAUAUUCAUGUGAAGAUAAAGAUAACAAGUUACAUGGAUGGAUUUCCUUUAAACCUGCAGUAGGAAUUUGGCUUAUAACACCAAGUGAUGAAUUCCGAAUGGGGGGACCUCUUAAACAAGACCUUACAUCUCAUGUUGGACCAACGAUGAUUUCUAUGUUUCACAGUACACAUUAUGGUGGUAAUGACUUAAUAAUGAGAUUCAAAAAUGGAGAACCAUGGAAAAAGGUUUUUGGACCAUACUUGGUUCAUUUGAAUUCGGCUCAUGGGAAAGCAGAUCCUGUUGUAUUAUGGCAACAAGCGAAAGAACAGAUGCAGACAGAAGUUAAGAACUGGCCUUAUGAGUUCCCAUUAUCCCCAGAUUUCCCUAAGGCUAAUCAACGCGGAUCAGUUGUGGGUAGAUUGUUUGUCAAUAAUGGGUCAAAAGUACCAACACCCGCAAAUUUUGGUUGGGUUGGCUUGGCUGCACCUGGUGAACCAGGUUCAUGGCAAUACGAAAUGAAAGGCUAUCAAUUCUGGAUUCAGACUGAUAGUGAAGGAAGGUUUCUGAUACCGAAUGUUCGUGUUGGCAUCUACAAUUUCUUUGCAUGGGUUCCAGGAUUUAUUGGAGACUACAAAUCUGCUGCAGCUGUUAACAUUGUAGCAGGGAAGCAAAUAAACAUUGGUGAUCAAGUUUUUAUACCUCCAAGAAGUGGGCCGACACUCUGGGAAAUUGGAUUCCCUGAUCGCAGUGCAGCUGAAUACUUUGUGCCUGACCCUACUCCACACUUCACCAACCCUGUGUUUGUCAACGAUGCUGAAAACAAGUACAGACAAUAUGGUCUAUGGGAUCGUUACACUGAUCUAUACCCGAGACAUGACCUUGUUUACACAGUUGGUGUCAGUGAUUUUCGGAAGCAUUGGUUUUUCGCUCAUGUGCUUAGAAGGAUAGGAAAAACUUAUCAGCCCACAACAUGGCGGAUUGUUUUCCCUUUACUGACCAUUGCACCAAAUACUACGUACACUUUACAAAUCGCGCUUGCAUCUGCAACACAAUCUGAACUACAAGUGAGAAUUAACAAUCCUGAUGUGCAAAGUAAGCCUUUGUUCACAACAUUGCUUAUAGGUCGGGAUAACGCAAUCGCAAGACAUGGGAUUCAUGGACUGUAUCGCUUGUAUACCAUAGGUGUACCGUCUUCUUUGCUUAAACGUGGACAUAAUACAGUUUUCCUCACACAAUCCAGAAAUAAUGAAAUGUUUCGUGGUAUCAUGUAUGAUUAUGUAUGUUUAGAAGGGCCUCCAUCUUCUCAGAUAAUGUUGUAA